UAUGUGCAGAUCUGAAUGAAUUCUUUCCCAAAAAAAAAUGGGGAAAGUGUAAAAAUAGAAAAGGAAACUUUAACAAGAAUUUGUGGGAAAAGAAACUCCUAAAAAUCGGAACUAAUUGUUGGAAGAGAGAGUUGAAGACGCUGAAACUGAAUUGGUUUUUCUCAAGAGAGAUUUGCUCUUCUUUCUUUUUUUCUUUUCUCCAAUUGCUCUUUCUUCGAGUUUGUGAAUACUGUUUGCGUUGAUAUUCUAUGCGUUCAUGCUCGUCUGCCCGGAAUAGGGAAAGUAAAAUGACUGGAAUAGCCUCAAGGAGUUUCUGAAUUAACGGAAAUACACGCCGGUGCUCCUUUUCUCUCUCUCUUGACAUCAGGCUAUUUCUCCUAAACCCAAAACAAAUUUCAUCCUUCACACGUCUCUCUGCAGCCGCCGAAUCUUUUUCUGGAGCGAGCGUUGGAAAACCUCCUUACCUCUGUGGUUUCGCACCCCUAUUUUACCUCCGGCGAAGUUGAAACUCCGAACGGCGCCGUUGAAAUGAACCAGAGUCAGAGUCAGAGUCAGGGGGGCCAGCAAAUGAGUGAAGGAAGACACGAAGAUGACACUGCCCUCGCCGAUUUCCUUGCUUCCUUAAUGGACUAUACCCCCGCUAUUCCAGAUGAAUUAGUGGAGCAUUACUUGGGUAAAAGUGGUUUCCAAUGCCCUGACAUUCCAUUAAUAAGGUUGGUGGCAGUUGCUACACAGAAAUUUAUUGCAGAUGUUGCCACUGAUGCUCUCCAGCAUUGCAAGGCAAGGCAGUCAGCUACUGUCAAGGAUAAAAGAGAUAAGCAGCAAAAGGACAAACGCCCGAUGGAUGAUCUUUCAAAAUCUCUACGAGAGUAUGGUGUGAAUGUCAAACAUCAAGAAUACUUUGCUGAUAGCCCGUCCGCUGGGUUAGAUCCUGCUUCAAGAGAGGAAUGAUGUAUUGCCUGCCUACAAAUCUCUGUAAUCACAUUUGUCGUCUUCUGAUGGUCGCGAGGGCAUUGUCUUGUCAUCUUCUACAUAUCUCUCAAGCUAUAUAUGUGUUGAAGGAUACAACUUUUGACUACUUUGUAUCUGAUUUACUUAUCAAUGUUAGCUGUAGUUGCCACCAAAAAAAAAAAAAAAAGUUUACUUUUUAAA